AUGGUUCCCUCGGGGUCUAAGAUCACUCUCACACACGAUUUAAUUAUAUUUUCCAUAGAUUAUAGAUAUUUGAAAACUUUUCAUCACAGUAGAAAUCAAAAUGGCGAACAUUUAACAUCGUCAACGACGCAAUUAACGUUAAACGUUAUGGAAACACACGUCGGACCUUCCGGUUUUGUCGAAUUGACUUGUAUAUCCACGAUACCUGCUUAUUUAGAUGACGAAGAAGAAAGAUUCGCCGAUAAAAGAAUACAAACUAUUUCCGGUGAGAAAAAUUUCGGUAGGCAAUGCGUGUUUUGCGACGAAGGACCGAAACUCAUAGACGAUUUAAAACCUGAUAAAGCUUACAUGGAAAAAUACAUAUUUAAAAAUCCAGUUGAAAAAGGUACGCAAUACGCGAAAAUAAUGUCGGAAAAUCAAAUAAAUACGAUAAGAAAAGAUUUUGCGGAUCACGGAAUGAAUCAUUUGGAAGGGGGUUGGCCGAAAGAGCUCGAUACGAACGACGAAGAAGCCGUUUUAAGAUUUAGAAAAAAAAUCGAAAGGUUAGAUAAUUAUAUAUUAGCGAUGAAACAUUUAACCGCGCCCAUGGAACACGCCAUACUUCAAAAUAAUGCCGUUAAUAUAUACGAACAAUAUUUUGUUAAUACAGUAUCCGCGAUAUCAAGCGAAAAAGCAUCUUGUAGAAUACAAAACGUUUUUAGAGAUCCCCAAGAGGUUAAAAGACCCAUAACCCAUUGCUCGUGGUCACCCAUAGAAAACGAAUUCGCAUUGACGCAUUGUAACAUGAACUUUCAAAGAUUGUUACCCGAUCAGACUUUCAAAUCUUAUAUUUGGGACGUUGAAAAUUCAAACACUCCUCUUUUGCAUUUCGAAGCGAAAAUGCCCAUCGUUUCGUUGGAAUUCAAUCCGAAAGAUGCACAUUCAUUGGCUGGAGGAAUGUAUAGCGGACAAGUUGCAGGUUUCGAUAGUCGAAAAGGUCCGGAACCUGUCGUUUUAAGUUGUAAAGAAUCUAGUCAUAGAGAUCCUGCACAUUCCGUUUUAUGGAUAAGCACGAAAUCAGGAAUGGAAUUUUUUUCUACUUCGAGCGAUGGUACCGUUAAAUGGUGGGAUUGUAGAAAACUUGAUAAUCCCGUGGAUUUUAUUAUUCUCGAUACUUCUAAAGGUGAAAAACCAAGCUUCACGCGAGCAAUGGCGGCUUCGUGUCUCGAAUACGAGCCGAACAUUCCUGCAAGAUAUAUGGUCGGCUCCGAAAAUGGAUACAUCAUUGCGGGUAAUAGAAAAGGUACCAAUCAACAGGAAAAAUUACCCUGGAUGAUGAAAGCUCAUUACGGACCGAUAUAUACGAUACACAGAAAUCAAGCAUUUAAUAAAAACGUAUUAACCGUCGGUGAUUGGUCCGCAAGAAUAUUUUCUGAGGAUUGUAAGGAAUCUGCCAUUCUUUGGACGAAAUACCACAAUACGAGAUUAACAGCCGGAGAAUGGAGUCAGACUCGAGCAUCCGUUUUUUUUUUAACCCGAGAAGAUGGCGUUUUAGAUCUUUGGGAUAUUUUACAAGAACAAAAACACGCUUAUUUAUCCUUUAAAUUGUCAGAUCAACCUUUGACCUGUCUUAGAGUAAGAGACGAUGGAGAAUUGGUCGUCGUUGGUAAUGCGGUUGGUACCGCCUUCGUCGUUAGGUAUUCUACGAAUCUUGCGGAAACAUCGAAAAACGAUAAGAAUUUUUUAGGUGCCAUGUUCGAUAGGGAAAGUAGACGGGAAAAACUUUUGGAAACUAGAAAUAAAGAAAUCCGAUUUAGAAUGCGUGAAAUCGCGUUGGCGAAAGAAAUGAAAGAAGACAAAUCUGAACCGGUAAAAACGGAUUUCGAAAUUGCCGUACAAAAUUUAAAAGAAAAAUUAGAAACGGAUUUACUCAAUGCUUUUAACGAUGUAAAACAAGAAGAACAAAAGUUGGAAACUGGUGGUGAUGUUGAGGAAGCCGAAGAAGACGAAGAAGACGAAGAUGAAAUAGAUGAGAAUUAA